AUGGCGUUACCUACACCGUUACCCGAUCGCGUUAGCUACGUCGAGGCAUAUCGUCGCUUUGUAACAUUAGAGAGAUCUAGUACAGUUGUUUCGAAUAUGGAUACAAGGACAUAUCAGGAUCAAUUAACACAAUCGUUGGAAUAUAUGAAAAAAUGCAUUUACCAGCGACAGAUGGACGGCAUUUUGUCCACGAAUGAGCGUUUCUUUGAGCUACAAAACACGCAACUUUAUGCUUUUUGUAUUGAAUCUUAUUUAGGUAUUCUUCUACCGAAACAAUCCUUCUAUCAUUAUGUGGAAAAAGAUACAAAACCACAAGAACAAUUGAAGCAAAUGGAUGAACAACUAAAGCACCAAGUCUCUUCUAUCAAUCACAUGCGUAAUAUUGUUGAUCGUGUCAAGUUAUUACAUGAAUCUGAUGUAUUUCUGACUGAAUAUUUGAAUCAUGCUGAGCGUGUUGGUCUUCUUACAGAAAAGAAACGACGUGAACAGCAUGAACGUCUUGAGAGUAAACAGUUUUCACUCUCCAGAGACGACAAGAUUCAACGAUUUCAAAUGCAGCGAGAGAUGGAAAAGAAAUUGAUUGAAAUACAGAAACGACGUGAUGAAAAGAAUAAUAUUCAGUUGGGAAAUGGACUGAAAGAAGAUGAAAAAGAACUUGAUGAAGAAGAUGAUGAUACUGACGACAUGGAGCGCGAAGAAUUGAUGACAUACAUUCAAUUAUCAGUACUAAAAUGUAUGGAAGAACAAGCGUGUAUUAAUCAAGAAAAGGAUAUGCUUGAAACGAUGUUAAAAAUGAAUGCAGACACGGACAAGCAGGAUUUGUUCUCGGAAGCGCAUCGACCGCCACCGCCACCUCAAGGACAGGGACUUGAGGUGACGCGCAUUAAUCCACAGCUGGAGAUGCGACGCGAGACCAUUCGGUCGGGAGUGUUUAAACCUGGUCACCGUCUACCAACAAUGACGUUAAACGAGUAUGCGGACCACGAAGUGGCUAAUGCCGUGGAGCGCCAGAAAAGAGAAGAGGAAGCACCAAAGGGACCACGCCGAUAUGACCAACUUGUGGAGGACGGAGAUGAAGACAAUGACGCAUUAGUAGAAGAGGCGACAUAUAAGGACCGUGCUUGGGAUGAUUGGAAGGAUGCAAACGAGAAGGGAAUUGGCAACAAGGGGGGCUCACAGUUCUAG